AUGGAGGUGACUGCGCUGAGCAUUGGCAAGUCCGUGCUGAAUGGAGCACUGAGCUACGCCAAAUCCGCCGUGGCGGAAGAGGUGGCUUUGCAACUUGGAGUCCGGCGUGACCAGGUCUUCAUCACCAACGAGCUAGAAAUGAUGCAAGCUUUCCUAAUGUCUGCCCACGACGAAAGAGAUGACAACAGCAGGGUGGUGAAGGUAUGGGUGAAGCAAGUUCGUGAUGUGGCGUACGAUGUCGAGGACACCCUCCAGGAAUUUGCCAUCCGUUUGGAGAAGAAGUCCUGGUGGCGUAUCCGUCGCACGCUUCUAGAUCAACGCCGUGUGGCCAAGCAGAUGAAGGAGCUUAGAGCCAAUGUUGAGGAUGUUAGCCAGAGGAACAUGCGCUACAACCUCAUCAAGGGUUCUGGCUCGAAGGCCAGCAUGGCUGCUGAUCAGUCUAGCAUUACUUCUGCUGCACUGUUCGGCAUUGAUGAAGCAAGGCGCGCCGCAAAGGUGGACAAAUCAAAAGUGGAUCUUGUCCAACUGAUCAAUGAGAAGGAGAAUGACCUUAGGGUGAUCUCUGUCUGGGGAACAACUGUUGAUCUUGGUCAGACAUCCAUCAUCAGGAGAGUCUAUGAGAGUCUUGAUAUCAAAGGCAAGUUUUCAUGCCGAGCUUGGGUCAGGCUGAUGAAUCCUUUUAAUCCAAAAGACUUUGUUCAGAGUUUAGUGGAGCAGUUUCACGCAGACAUAGGGGUUAAUGUUCUGUUGGAAAUGGACAAGACAUCACAAGAGUUAAUUGAGGUGUUCAAUGAAUAUGUCAACAAGAGAAGGUACAUGAUUGUGCUUAAUGACCUAUCUACCAUUGAGCAGUGGGAUCGGGUUAAGAAAUGCUUCCCAAACAACAAGAUGGGAAGCAGAAUCAUAGUGUCCACAGCGCAAGUUGAAAUUGCAAGCUUAUGCGUCGGACAAGAAAGCAUAGUAUCAGAGCUCAGGCAAUUGUCUGCCGAUCAGAAUAUUUAUGCUUUCCACGAAAAGACAGAGUCAAGCUCAAACAGAUCUACUACCAGAAAUGAUCAGAAGGGUACAGUGUCCAACAGUGCUGAUGGUAAGGAGGUAGCCAAGAAGAGCCUCACUCGCAUCAGGACGAUGGCGAGUGCUCUGGAUGAAUUUUAUGCUGUUGGGCGAGAGAAAGAAAAAUAUGAGAUAAUCAAAUUAGUUGCAAGUGAAGAAACUGCUCAAUUCCAGGUGAUCUCGAUGUGGGGAAUGGGUGGUCUGGGAAAAACCACUCUAGUCAAAGAUAUCUACCACAACAAGCUCAGUUACAUGUUUGAGAAGCAUGCAUGUGUAACAGUCAUGCGCCCUUUCUGUCUGGUGGAGCUCCUUCGAAGCUUAGUUACACAACUGGAAACUUCUGAAAAGAAGGAAGCCGUGGGUCUGAUGGGCAGUACAAAGAAUGCAUUGCUUUUGAUGCCACUUGCAGGGUUGAUCAAGGAAUUGGCAAGGAUUGUAAAAAGGAAGAGGUGUUUGAUUGUUCUUGAUGAUGUAUUAUCUACUGCAGAAUGGGAAAUGAUAAUACCAGUUUUGCGUGAAAUGGAGAAUACAAGCCGGAUCAUAGUCACCACAAGGGAAGAGGCUAUUGCUAAACGUUGUUCAGAGAAAAAUGAAAAUAUAUACAAGCUCAAAGGUCUAGAAUACAAGGAUGCACGUGACCUCUUUGCUAAGAAGGAGACUACUGAUUUGGAUAAGCAGUACCCGGAGCUGGUUGAACAAGCAGAACUAAUCCUGAGGAAGUGCAACCGACUCCCCCUUGCAAUAUCUUGCUUCCUGUAUAUGCCAAUAUUUCCUGAGGACUACACGGUGGGGCGGGGACGCUUGGUGCGGCGGUGGACCGCGGAGGGUUACCCGAGGGAGGUUCGAGGCAAGUCUGUGGAGGAAAUAUCAGAUUGUUAUUUCAUGGAACUUAUAAGCAGGAGCAUAAUCCUUCCAUCUCAUGGAUCAUUCCAUAGUACAAAAGGGAUUGAUUCCUGCCAAGUUCAUGAUCUCAUACGUGAAAUCGGCAUCUCAAAAUCGACCGAAGAAAAUCUUGUUUUUACACUGGAGGAAGGUUGCAGCCCAAACAACAGAGCCACGAUGCGCCACCUUGCUAUAAACGGCAAUUGGAAAGGAAACCGGAGUGAUUUCGAGAGCAUUGUGGACAUGUCCCAUGUUCGAUCAGUAACAGUUUUUGGUAAGUUUAAGUCAUUUUUUAUUUCUGACAAGAUGAGGCUGCUGCGAGUCCUGGACUUGGAAGACACGUCAGGUCUAGGUAAUCGUCACCUCAAACACAUAGGGAAGUUUCUUCACAUGAGAUACCUUUCUCUAAGAGGAUGUGUUGAGUUUUAUCACCUGCCAGAUUCAUUGGGUAAAUUGAGAGAACUGCUUACACUAGAUGUCAGAGGUACAAACAUAAUCAAGCUGCCGAGGAGUAUCAUCAAUCUUCAGAAGCUAAGGUAUAUUCGUUCUGGUAAUACGGCGAUUGAUGAGAAUGUCUCAUAUGAAGAUUAUGUAGAUGAGUUUCCAAGGGUACUGCAGAACCGGCCAUGCCUUCUGUUUUUCAUGAUGACGUUGUCUUGUAUACUAUGGUGUACAUCCGAGUCUGAGAAUUCUGAUGAGGUCGACUUGAGCCGCCGUGAUGUUUGCACCAACUUUUUCUGCACUCUACUCCCACUUAUCGCACUGCGCCUGGACAAGUAUGGUGUUCUAGUGCCAAGAGGGAUGAGGAAGCUGAAAGCCCUGCAAACGCUUGGUGUUGUGAACAUCGGGCGACAUGGGAAAGCUGUUCUAAAUGAAAUAAAAGGGCUCAUCCAGCUCCGCAAGUUGGGAGUGACCGGCAUCAAUAAGGAAAACGGACAAGAUUUGUGUUCAGCGAUUGUUGCUUUGAGCCGCCUCGAGUCAUUGUCAAUCCGGUCAGAGGGGGAGCCAGGUUUAUCUGGCUGCUUAGAUGGAAAGUUCAUAUUUCCAGAAAACCUGCAGAGGCUGAAGUUGUACGGCAACCUGGUAAAAUUUCCAGAAUGGAUCGAGGGGCUCAACAAUUUGGUGAAACUAAAGCUACGGAACUGCAGGAUAUCAAAGGACAGUGGCGCCAUAAAAGUCCUAGGGGAUCUGCCAAAUCUGGCAUUCCUGCAUCUGUUGGAGAAACUAGUGUUCCUGGAGCUAAAUUUCUACCUAUGGCUGAGGUCGGUGGAGUUUGAACAAGGUGCAACCCCGAAGCUUGAGGUGCUCAAGGUUUGUGAUGCAUCAUACAUCAGAAGUGGGUUGCUUUGUGGACUACCAUUUCUCUCAAGCCUCAAGGAAGUUGUGCUUCAUCACUCCGGUGGCUCAGAUCCUGCAUGCCUGCAGGCUGAGCUUGCCUUGAAUCCAAAUCGACCAGUCAUGAAGAGGGUUUGA